AUGUUAUCUUUUCGGGGAAGCGAAAAUGUCAGGGAACUAGCUAAGCCCUGGCGCUUUAGUUUAACCCAGACCUAUGACCCCGUGGAGAACUCAACGGGGCUCAUCUCAUUUGGCAUGGCGGAGAAUAAACCAAUGAGGGCAGAGAUAGCCAAAUAUAUCAACGAAAAGGUCGUCUUUACACAAGAUUCUAUCAGCUACCGCUCAAGUGCACCAACAGCCGCAAGAUUACCUGCCGCUGCAGCAGUUCAUUUGAACAAUAUCCUCAAACCACAUGCCCCAAUUGAUCCGGAGGAUAUAUUCGUUGCAGACUCUCCGACCUCUCUUGGUAGUAUGCUGGGAUACAGUCUCGCAGAACCCGAGGAUGGGAUCCUCGUCAGCAGACCUGUAUACGGCCGCUUUGAGCUCGACUACGGCGUUGAAUCUGGCGUUAAAAUGGUCUAUGCUGACACAACUGUGGAAGAGGCAUUCUCUCCUGCUUCUGUGGAAAAGUAUGAGCUAGCUUUCAAGGCUGCCAAGGAACGGGGCAUGAAGAUUCGAGCUGUGCUGCUUGUCAAUCCCCAUAACCCUGUUGGUCGUUGUUACCCAGUCGAGACACUCAAGGCUAUCGCCCGAUUCUGCAACAGGCACAGUCUCCAUCUCAUCAGUGAUGAGGUCUACGCUUCCUGUGUGUUUGAUUCUGGUGACCCCGAGGCUGUGCCGUUUACGUCAAUCCUCUCGCUGGAUCUUACGGGAUUAAUAGAUCCUAAUCUGGUCCAUGUGUUAUAUGGUUUCAGCAAGGACUUUGCUUCCGGAGGCCUUCAUCUUGGGUUCUUGGUGACGCAAAACCAGCAGCUUCGUCAAGCCUGCAAAGCAAUUCUGAGACUCCACGGUGCGUCACAAGCAGCGGUAACAAUUGGCACCGCGAUUCUAGAAGACCAAGCUUUUGUGUCAAGCUUCACAGCCAAAGCAAGACAGAGGCUCGCUUCAGCCUACCAGCUUACAACCUCGGUGCUCAACAAGGAGGGAAUCAACUAUGUCAAGGGCGGAAACGCUGGCUUCUUCGUCUACAUCGACUUGUCACCUUAUCUCCCCCCUGGUGCUGCAAUUUCCCCGCAAAAUCGGGAAUUCGCUCUUGCACAAAGGCUUGUCGAUGCUGGUGUCUUCUUGCAUCCAGGGGAAGAGCAUUCGAGGGAUAUUGGGUGGUUUCGGUUGGUUUUCUCACAGGAAGAAGAGACACUGAAGGAAGGCCUUAACAGAUUGUUGAGUGUUUUAAAGUCGAGUGCAUGA